GUCAAUAUCCGGAGUAUUUCACGUUCCAUGAAACAACAGAUUAUACUAAGGAUCAAACAAUUCGUCAUAUCGAACCAGCCAUGGCCUAUCAACUUGAGAUUCACGUUUAUUAUGCCGUUGGUAAAGAAAAUACUUCGGAAUGUAGAUUUUUCAUUCGUUCCUUUGUUCGUCCUGGUCGGUUGCGAAAUAGCAUGUGUGCAGCGGAUUACCUAAUCUUGGAGUCCGACAGAUUAUUGUAUGAGAUUUUGGAUUUUAUGGAGAUC